AUGUCCGCCGAUAAAAAGGGGAGGGCCACGCAAGCCAUCCAUGAUGUGAAGGGGGCAGUGUCCGAGAAGGUAAGGGGACAGGUGCCCAUUUUCACCCUCCUGCGGUAUCGCGCUCCCAGCGAGUGGUUUGCCGUCAUUGUAGGGAGCAUUGCCGCCUUCUGCUCCGGCGGCUCCACACCGCUUUUCAUGUACUUUUUCGGACGGAUGACGAACACCGCGUACGACGACCAAGCCGCGCCAAAGGUGACGCGCAGCUUUGCGAUGUUGAUGGUGUGCAUCGGCAUUCUUUCCAUGGUGCUUGUCUUCAUUAAGACCGCCACGUACCAGGUGACCGCAACGCGCCUGGUCGGCCGCAUCAAGUGCGCCUACUUCUCCGCUAUUGUGAACCAGAACAUCGGCUGGCACGACGGGCGCAAGCCUGGUGAGCUCAUUUCUCGGCUCACCGGGGACACGCGUGUCAUCCUCAACGGUGUUAACGACCGCUUCGCCAGCUGGAUCGAGAACCUCGGCACCGGCCUCAUCGGCAUCGUUUUCGCCUUCAUCGCGAGCUGGGAGCUGACGCUGCUCAUCAUGGGCUCACUCCCGCUCAUUGCCGUGGCGGUGUACUUUCUCACUGCUGCGUCCUCUCGCCACGUUGCGGUGACGCGCAAGCAGUAUGCAGUGGCGAGCGCCAUUGCGCAGGAGGUCAUGCAGAACAUCAAGACAGUGCAGAGCUUCAACCGAGAGAUGCACGAGGUGGAGCGCUUCUCAGAAACGAUAGUGAGCUCGCGCAAGGCGGGCAUCAAGAAGGAGUUUCUUGUGGCAAUGGCCGGCGGCUCCGUGAUGGGCAUCAUGCUUUGCGUCAUCGGGCUCGCCUUCAUCCUCGCUGCGUACCUUGUCCACAGCGACCGCACCGACGUGGGCUCCGUCUCGGCGGCCUUUCUGACGGUGAUGUACGGCGCCAUGGGCCUCGGGCAGGUGUUUCCAGCCCUCAUCUCUUUUGUGGAGGCGCGCACGGCAGCGUACCCGAUCUUCGCGACCAUUGAUGAGCAACCGGCAAUUGACCUGCACAGGCCUGGCAGGGAGGCAACGUUUUGCCGGUGCAUUGAGGUGAAGGAUGUCACCUUCGCCUACCCGACGCGUCCCGACCAACUCAUCUUUAGCGGCUUGAACGCCACGAUUAGGAAGGGCGAGAAGGUGGCCUUCUCUGGCUCGACAGGGUGCGGCAAGUCAACGAUCAUCAGCCUCAUACAGCGCUUCUACGACCCCACGGAGGGUUCCGUCACCGUAGAUGGGCAGGAUCUCCGUGACUUGGACCUCAGAUCGUGGCGCAAGCGCAUCGGCAUCGUUUCGCAAGAGCCCAACUUGUUCUCCGGUUCCGUACUCGAGAACCUCCGCAUGGGGCGACGCAGUGCCACCUUUGAGGAGGUGGUAACGGCAUGCAAGCAGGCACGCAUUCAUGACACCAUACUGACCCUGCCACGCGGCUACGACACCAGCGUUGGCUCUCUAGGCAGCCAGCUGAGUGGUGGGCAAAAACAGCGUCUCGCCAUCGCCCGAGCCGUCGUGCGCGGUGCCGACAUCCUGCUCCUGGACGAGGCGACCAGCGCGCUGGACCGAAAGUCCGAGGUGGAGGUGCAGCGCGCCAUAGACAAUCUCACGGAGAAUAGCAAAAUGACGGUGAUCACGAUUGCGCAUCGAAUGGCUACUAUCUCUAACAUGGACUGCAUCUACUUCCUCGACGGCUCGCGCGAUGGCGGCAGCUGUAUUGUCGAGUGCGGUACCUAUGACGAGCUCAUCCGCAUGAACGGCCGCUUCGCCUCGAUGGUGAUGAUGCAGAACCCUUCCACGGGAAACUUGUGUACUGUGGUGCACGACACGAGCUUCUACCUUUACCCAGGAGCACCCGACAAAAUUACAGGAAGCACCGUCUCGACCGAAGACACUUACAGCAGCAACAACUCCUGGGACUCCGAAUGCAACGGGUUCUACGAGGACGACGACCGGUGGAGCCAGUAUUCCCACGUCGACGAUGUCCCCUUCAUGCACCGCACCGAUUGGGAAGAGCGGAAGACGAGCGUGUCGAUGUGGCGCAUUAUGAAAAUGACGAAGAGUCGCUGGUGGGCGAUUGUGCUGGGGUUUCUGGGCUCCAUCAUCACGGCUAUCGUCUUUCCCUGCGUCAGUCUUAUGAUCACCCAGCUCAUCAACACUCUCGGCACCUACCGCCUGUCGCACGACACAGGGCACAUGCAGCGGCAGAUAACCUUGUACGUGGUUCUGCUCAUUUUCUUGGGCGCCGUCUACUUCCUCGGGAGUGUGCUCACGGGCUUCUACGGCUACGUUGGUGAGUAUCUGACCUGUGAGCUGCGCUCGAUCCUGUUCCAGCAGAUUCUUCGACAGGACCAAACCUUCUUUGACAUGCCUCGCCGAGACCCCGGUGCAUUGGCGACCCUUCUCUCUGGCGACUGUGAGUCGGUGCACCAGCUUUACGGCCCUACUCUCGGCUCCCGUCUCCGGUCUGUCUGCGCGUUCGCCGGCGGUAUUACAAUUGGCCUCAUAAUGGAGUGGAAGGUGGCACUCGUGUGUCUGGCCACUAUGCCGCUGUUUGUGGGCAGCAUCAUCGCGCAGCAAGUGUUCUUUGCCGACUCUCAAAAUGUUCGCGAGAGUGGCAUCGACACGGUGGUGAGCGAGGCCCUCGGCUCGAUCCGCACUGUAACCUCCUUUAACAUGCAGAAUCGAAUGAUCAAGGAGUACAAGCGCACCGUCAACAUCGCCGAGCAGAUCGCCGAGCGCCGCGCCGUUCUCAUCAGCAUCCUCGUCGGUGCGACGGAGAUCACCCUGAUGGGCUCGAUGGCUCUUUCUUUUUGGUACGGUGGCACCCUCAUUGAGAAAGGUGAGACGCAUUUCAGCAACGUGUUGGUCGCUGCCAUGGCCGUCACCAUGGGCUCGACGCUGGCAGGGUCGGAGGCGGGCAGCUUUGCGACAAAGCUGCGCGAUGCGCGGCUGUCGUCGAACCGCGUCUUCUCGGUCAUUGACCGUGUGCCGGCGGUGGAUAGUUAUGAGUACGGCAAGGCCAACUUUGAGGAGCAGAUAGGCGUCGAAUUCCACAACGUCGGCUUCACGUACCCGGCGCGGGAGGGGGUGAAGGUUCUCAACGACGUCUCUCUCAAGUUCCAGGCAGGUUCGUCGAACGGCCUCAUGGGACAGACUGGCUGCGGCAAGUCGACCAUUGUGCAAAUUCUGGCCCGCUUCUACCCGAUCUCGACCGGCAAGGUGCUCAUCAACGGCGAAGAUCUCAGCUCUCUCGACCUCGUCACGUGGCGCGACCAGCUCAGCAUUGUAUUGCAGGAGCCCUCGCUGUUCAGCGGCACCAUUCGUGACAACAUCAAGUACUCUCUGCCCGACGCUACAGAGGAGGAGGUCAUUGAGGCGGCAAAGGUUGCCUGCAUCCACGACGACAUCAUGAAGAUGGAUAAAGGCUUCGACACGGAGGUGGGCUACCGGGGCCAACAGCUCAGCGGCGGGCAGAAGCAGCGUGUGGCCAUCGCCAGAGGCGUUAUUCGCUGCCCAAAGCUGUUGCUGCUCGAUGAGGCUACCAGCGCCCUCGAUAACAUGACAGAGAUGCGGGUCCAGCGCAACCUGGAUGAGUUCCAGCGGCGGUUCGGUGUCACCACGGUUGCCAUCGCGCAUCGCUUGGCGACCAUCCGCCACAGUAACCAGAUUGUGCUCUUGGAUAGUGGAAAGAUCAUCGAGCAGGGCACACACGAACAACUCCUCGCGCAGGACGGUGAAUACAAAUCUCGAUGGGAGCUAGCCCAGACUUGA